AUGGACCAUUAUACAAGCUUUCAACAUGUUUACAGAACUAAGACUACUGAAGAACACAGGCCAACAUAUAUACAGUUGCAGGCAAAAUCAGAGUCUAUUCCGAAAUAUAUUCUUGUUACAGAAAAAAUUCGUGAUUAUAUUAGUUGUGAAAAUUGUAGAAAACGUCGCUGCGUAUAUAGUAACAAAUCUUUAACCGAUGAUGAACAAAAUGAUUAUCAGCAGGCACUGGAAUCAUAUUCAUACUCGUGUGGAGCACCAAUUUUCCCUGACGAUCAUUAUUUGAAAGAAGUGAUAUUUGUACGUUUGCAAAUUAAUUGUGAUUCACCGAUCGAAAUACUCUAUUAUUCAAGCCGCAAAGCAGGAAAUUAUCCAAUUUGUUACCAUUGUGGAAAUAGCGAUAAUUUAAUAACUCCACCUCAAUCUUUGAAGGAACAUUUCAAGCAAAUUUAUCCAUUGUGCGAAAUUUGUCAGGAAAGCGGGAGGAAUUUUUAUACAAAAGGGGCAGUUAAGACCAAUAAUAAAUCCACAAAGCAUUCUAAAAAAUAA